ACAGCAGUUAUUCAUUUUCAUUUUGAAUAAUAAUAAAGUUAUUCAUCAGUUCAAUCUAUGAAAAAUAAAAAAUGAAGUCUUGAUCUUUUAUUUUCUAAUACAGAUCAAUCAAAAUUAUGGUUAUUCCCAGAAAUCUUCAAAAUGCUGUUGGGUACAAAUCAUCAAACAGUUAGUGGACAUCACCCUUAACUACCUAAUACAUAGUAACAAAACUAACAUGUAAAAACCACACCAACACAACCCAACCCAACCUGGGUCUGUACUCGUUUGAAAAUUUGAAGCCACUGAAUUUGGCGUUGCCUGGAACCCAAGCAAACUAAUAACAAAAGAAAAAGAUCAAAUUUUGUUACAAAAAUAGAAAAGACAAAAUAAGUUCUUAGUAAAUUGAAAACUACAACGAAAAAGUUUGUCUUUUUGUGGAUUUUUUUUGAUAAAGGCAAAAAGAAAAAAAAAAAAAAAAGAAAGACGAAGAGACCGAUUCCGUACCUCGAGUUGAGAGAGUCACUCAUCACUGAUUUCGUCGUAAUACCACUGCGCUUGGUGGUAACAACAAUCGAAGAUUUUGAUAAUUGACUGAGCGGUCGAAAAAUGCCGGGCGUUACAGGUCCAUCCGAUUAUUCGAAAGAGCCACCACGACAUCCAUGCCUCCAAAUCAAUUCCAAGGAGCCUUUCAAUGCAGAGCCACCUCGUUCGGCUUUGUUUCGAUCCUAUGUCACUCCCGUUGAUUUGUUCUACAAGAGAAAUCAUGGCCCAAUUCCUAUUGUUGAUGACAUUGAAAGAUAUUCUGUUUCAGUAUCUGGUCUGGUAGAAAACCCCAAAAUGCUGUCUAUGAAAGAUAUCAGGAUGCUUCCCAAGUACGAUGUCACUGCUACAUUGCAGUGUGCAGGUAAUAGAAGAACAGCUAUGAGCAAAACUAGAACAGUGAAGGGAGUUGGCUGGGAUGUGUCUGCUAUAGGAAAUGCUGUUUGGGGAGGUGCCAAAUUGGCUGACGUUCUGGAACUUGUUGGAGUACCGAAAUUGUCAAGUUCUAGUAAAUCAGGAGGCAAACAUGUGGAGUUUGUUAGUGUUGAUAGGUGUAAGGAGGAAAAUGGAGGCCCUUAUGCAGCAUCUAUUCCACUAAUUCAGGCUACAAACCCGGAGGCAGAUGUUUUACUUGCUUAUGAGAUGAAUGGAGAGCCUCUGAAUAGGGAUCAUGGAUAUCCAUUGCGUGUUGUUGUCCCUGGUGUUAUCGGCGCACGCUCUGUCAAAUGGCUUGAUUCUAUAACUGUGAUCGCAGAAGAAUGCCAGGGUUUCUUUAUGCAAAAAGACUACAAAAUGUUUCCGCCAUCAGUGAAUUGGGACAACAUUAACUGGAAUACGAGGAGGCCACAAAUGGAUUUCCCUGUGCAGUGUGUAAUUUGUUCUUUGGAGGAAUCAAAUGCAGUAAAGCCCGGAAAGGUAACUGUGAGUGGAUACGCCGCAUCAGGAGGCGGUCGUGGCAUCGAAAGAGUAGAUGUGUCUUUCGAUUGUGGGAAGAGUUGGGUCGAGGCCUCUAGAUACCAAAAGCCUGGGAUCCCUUAUGUUUCAGAUGAUGAAAGGUGUGACAAAUGGGGUUGGGUGCUGUUUGAAGCCACAGCUGAUGUACAUACCAAUACAGAGAUUGUUGCCAAAGCGGUGGAUUCAUCAGCAAAUGUCCAACCAGAAAAUGUGGAAGACAUUUGGAACUUGAGAGGAAUACUCAACACUUCAUGGCAUCGGGUUCAAGUUCGUGUUGGCCACUCUAACAUGUAGAUAUAGAUAUAUGAAUGAAUGAACCAAUAAUAAAAACAACUGUAACAAGUAACUGAGGUUUGUACUUGUUGUAAUGAAUGAGUGAGUGAGUGAGUAGUACUGUCUUCUUCAACUUUGGAUAUCAUCAUAUCACAUCACAUCAUGUAUUGGAACCAACUGUUUAAUUUAAUUUUAAGUUCAUGCAUUUCACAUGUUGAAUAAA